GUGACUCGCCCGUGUCGCUUCUAAUCGCUGUCCUCGCGCGGGAGGAUGCGUUGCGACCAGUGAGCGAGUCCGCGGCUGACGCGCGUUUCUGGAGAAGUUCAAGGGAAAUGUGGAAAGUUUAGCCGAGAAAGCGAAACAGUCGACGCGUCUUCAUGAGGAGCCGCUGCGCUUUCAUUCAUUGUGAUCUGGCGUCUCGGUGCUGAGACGGAACCCGGACUGGACCGACGCACGGAAGGCCCGAGCCAUGGUGCCGGACGCGGCCGCGGCCGCGGCUCUGCUGCUGCUCUGCGCUGCUUCAGCCAUUACCGUUCCACCUCCAACAGACGUGACCGUGAGCUGCCAGAACGUGAACACCACAGUGAGCUGGAAGCACGCGGAGGAGACUGAGACCCGGUUCCAGGUCACCCUGAAGGGCGCUGAUCCCAGAACUCUUGUGAUAGAAACCCUGGCUCGUGAGCUGGACCUGACCCGCUUCCUGUGGGACUCCAUGGACAGCUGCAUGGACAACUAUUACGUGGAAGUGACGGCCUUGUGGGACGGGACCCAGUCUGCAGCCGUCAGGUCCAUCUCAUUCAGCUUCAACAGUCUGAAGCCGCCUCGCCUCAUGUGUCUGCUGGACUUCCCUCCUGUGGAACUGACUGUGGGGGAGUCGGGGGCCAUGGUGAGUUUCCAGAACCCGCUGAGGUUCUAUGAAGAGCUGAAGCGGGUCACCAGGCAGGACGUCGGCGCCUCCUUCACAUACAGCGUCGCUACUCAGAGGAAACAGUUUAACGCCUCCUGCUCGAAGGACGAGCUCGUCUGCAGACGCGACGUCGUGUUCUCUGAGGGCGAGGAGCGCUUCGUCACGCUGAGUGGACGGUUCUGCAAACGGGACUGUCUGGGUGAAGUGGUCUUCAGAACAACGGAGCCCAUCUUCCAGAACGACUUGACCAGUUCUGGGUUCGACCGAGACGCCCUCAUCCUCACCGUCAGCUUGGCCUCGAUGCUGGGCGUCUUCCUCUUGGUGGUUGCCGCGGUAACGGUAGCCAUCUGCAAGGUGAGAGGCUGGACCAUGGACAAGACGGACCCACAGACGCCCCGAGUUCUGGUUUUUGCAGACGAGGGGAAGCCCAUGGUUCUCCCCCACUUCCCUCACGGCGGUACCGUGGAACCCGUGCGCGCUCUGAUCCCGGACUGUCCCACGGAGACGGAGGAGUCGAAGGACGACGACCUGGGUCCGUGCUCCAAAGCGUCGAUCUCCUCGGAGGAGGGCUACCAGGACGGGGGCCUGUCGGAGGACAGCAACCAGGGCUCGGGCUCCGGGCCGAGCGGCACCAGCGCCUCCGAGUGGACCGAGUGCGUCUCCGUGAGUUCUGAGGAGGACAAAUGCGCCGGAGGCUACGACCGGCAGCACCGGCUGCUGGACGUGGGGGACGGAGACAUGGUGAUGUCAUACGGCAACCGGUAGAGGACGUCUGGAGACGAUGCGGCGCUCAGGUUACACAAGGACAGGACAGCUGAACGCCCCUCAGGGAGCUGGUGCCUUGCUCAAGAGACACGUUAACGAGCCGCUCAGCAAAACAUUGUCACUUGCAUCAAGUGGUUUUGAAUCAGGAAGAAACUGUUAUUAGUCUGAUGUUGAGUCUUCUUCAAAUCGGGUCUGAAGGUGUUCCUAAUAAAGUGGUCGCCCGCCGGUGAAGCAACUGUUCGGCUGUGGACGCCGAGCGCCUCCCGUCGCAGCGGCGCAGGGUUUCCUUUCAGGUGUGAGCUGCAUCUGGACUCUCCACCUGUGGCGGUGAAUGUCGGAUGCCUCAGUCACACCCAGUCACGCAGCCUCGAACCGGGAACCUGCAGAACCGGCCCAGGAGCAGACCUGCUCCUUGUUUGUAGUGUCAGGUGGUUUUUUUAUUGUGUUUAUCUUGUAUGAAACUAGAUUUUAUACAGUUUCUACUCAGUAAAUUCUGUUUCCAGGCUUUUAACACUUUUUAUCAUCCAGGCCAUAAAUUGUCCGUGAAUGUGAAGUAAUGACUGCGUCUGAACCUGCAUGUCACACGUUCGCGUGAGACAAAGGAAUGUCCAAAAGCUGCUUUGCCAGAUAUUUCCUCUUCUGAUCUGGGGCCAGUUGCUUAAACAGAAAUCGGUUGUGACGACCUGCAAAUAGGCUCAACAUGAAAUCUCAAAGCUGCAUUGAAGUGUUUUUUUAAUAAAGACAAUAACAAUA